AUGGUAAGGGUAAGCAAGAGAUCAAAAAUAGUGUAUUCUGAAACAGGACACUACAUCAAUUUCUUAAUAUAUAAAGACAUAACCAAGAAAGAAAUACAAAUGCACAGCUUUUAUGGCGAAUCUUCAGACAGAGGCCAAGAGGAUCCUUGUGAAUACGCUCCCUGUGGACCACUCAUUAAUGAUGCAAUUGUGUGGGGAAAUGCAACCAUGCGUGGCUGGAUAAUCAAACACCAACCGCCGUCUUUUUCCUUCACUUCCCACAAGAAGCCCCGCUAUGUAAUAUUGGCCGACAGAUAUCUGUACACCUUCAAGACCGACCAUCAGACAGAUCACUACAAAGAGUUCCUAGAGUUGACCAGAUUGACCCAUGUGUUCGUGACAGAUCAAUUCGCAGGAGUACCCCACUGCAUAGAAAUCCGCAAGAUGAACGGAGAAUCAUACAGCUGGUUCAUACAGGCACCCGAUGGACCCACAUUAAUGCUUUGGCUUGAGCGACUAAAAAAAACCCUGUUCUGGCUACGAACAAAUCCAACUGGAACAUUAAAUCCAAAUAUCAUGGCAAGUAUUAACAUUGAAGAAAACUAUGGGCAGCGAUCCACAGAAUCAAUGUCAAUGUCAAUGUCGACCCCAACAACAUCCACAAGCCAUUACCUUGCAAGUACACCGCCAUUGACUCCAGUAUCAGAUGAAAAAAACUCGUCAUGGGAUGUCCACUCCAGUCAUUCAUCAUACUCGUCAUGGUCACAUUCACCAGGUCGAACCAGAUUACCAAUUAUCUUGCCUCCUCAACCUCCUCCUCCAACUACCAAACUUCCUCCAAUCCCUUCAGAAUAUGCUAUGAUGCAUCUACGGAAUUAUAGAUAA